AUGCGAAACUACUCAAAGAGAGAAAGUGCCCUCGCCGCCGAAAUUCCCGAGGAGCUCGUUAUGACCCAUAUCCUGCCGAAGAUUACCGACGGUGCGUGCGUCGGUCGGUGCCGCUGCGUUUGCAGAUCGUGGCGCGAUCUCCUCUCGGGCACCUCUUUGAUUCGGCGACAUAAGCUGCUGCGAUCACCCGACUCUUCUUCUUCUGAUGAUGAUUACCAAAUUAUGAUUACCGGCGUCGACGAAAAACGUAGGGAUAGCUACCGCUUGCACUCUGCCGACACACUGGAGCCCCUCCUCCGACCUCCUAUAUCCACCAUGUUGCUACCCUCCACGAAGCUUCAUCAUCACGAUUCCCGACGUACAGAAGUUGUAGGAUGCUGUAAUGGUCUGUUUUGUCUAUCAGCUGCCGACUCCAGUGGCGGCGGUCUGAUUCUUUGGAACCCGACAACCUCGGAGACCAAGGUUCUCCCUCCCCCUUCCCGUCCUCCUCAUGAUACGUAUCUUCUGCCGGUUGGGUUUGGUUUCGAUUCAGAAACGAACGACUAUAAAGUAUUUAAACAAGUUGAACGUGAGUGCAGUAGUAUGCCUCCUUAUCUGAUGGAGGUAUAUAGCUUAAGGAAGGGUUCGUGGAGGGUAUUAGAAGGCUCUUAUUAUCCAAGACUUCCCUAUUGGCCGCCAGCUCCCAAAUAUCACAAAGGGAAACUGUAUUGGCAGGAACGGGACAGGAAGGGUUUACGAUUUUAUUCGAUCGAUAUUAGCAGUGAAGCCUUCGAAGAAGUUUAUGUGCCUUGUCCGGUAGGUGUUUCGGAAAGAUGGCAUGGAUUUUUUGGAUAUUGGUUCAACGGGGAAUCCAUGAUAGCUCAAUUUCCAUUCCGUGGUGCAGGAUAUACCACGUCCUGGGAGAUAUGGAUGCUGUUGAAACAUUGGGUAUCGGAAUCGUGGAUCAAGUUAUUUGUCAUUAAACCACCUCCUACCAUGCGCAUUGUGGAACUCGACGGAUUAGCGGGCAAUUUGACAUCUUUUUUUGUCGGGAAGAAAGAAGAUGGUCGCGAACGCAUCCUUGUCUUUGAUCUCGAGACAAGAGAAUGCAAUGAUUUUGAAAUCGAUGGACAAAUAUCGCUUCAAGCCAUAACCUAUACGCCUUCCCAAGUUUCCCUCGGAGAGAAUAAUAAUCAUUGUAUGUAA